AUUAUGUUACAUUCUUUUACAAACCAGCUUUGAAGGACAACUAAUAAUAAGAACCUGCAAAAACUAAAACAAGAGGCACUGUGAGCAGUCCUGGCUUUGGCGUUGCUGUGUGAUAAACCGUUCCGGUCUGUGAUGGCAGCUGCUGUGGUUACCCUCCUUUUCCUCUCAGGCCUCUUCUCCUCUUGUCUCUGCGAGCCAUUGUCCAUUGUCCCUCAGUACCACCUUGUGACUAAGAAACUCAACUGGAAGGAAGCACAGAAUUACUGCAGGACACACCACAGCGACCUGAUCUCCAUCAGAAGCCAAGGGGACCAGACCAACUUUCACAACUAUAUAAACCCAAGAUAUCCAACGGCCUAUGUCUGGAUAGGGCUGUAUAAUGACAUAAACAGCUGGAGGUGGUCUCUUGAUAGCAGUGGUUUAGAGCAGAUAGGUUUUAGCAACUGGAGCAGUGGAGAGCCUGACAACUUUAAAGGCCAUGAGAGUUGUGCUGACUUCCACAACGGCACCUGGUCUGACUCACCCUGCACCCUCAAACAUCCUUUUAUCUGUUAUGAUGAAAAAGAAACAGCCGCAAAUCAAUACAUCCUCAUCUCCCUGCUGAAGCCCUGGAGCGCUGCACAGGAGUACUGCCGUGAGCAUCACACGGACCUGGCCAGCUCCAGGAGUCAGGAGGAGAACCAGCAGGUGGCGCAAGCAUCUGAUCACAAAAGAGUGUGGAUCGGUCUGUUCAGGGACACCUGGAAGUGGUCUGACCAGAGCAAGACCCGUUUCACGUCCUGGACCAGCAGUGAACCCAACAAUGGCCAACUCCAUGACAACUGUGCUAAGUACUAUACUUAUAGAUCUUAUAACCAAUGGUACGACGCACUGUGCACGGAGAAACUCGGCUUUGUCUGUGAGAGUGCCACACCACACAGACAGGUGGUGAAGGUAACCAUCAGUACGGACUCCCCUCUCAAUAUGAAUGACCCUGCUGUCCAGGCUGCCAUGGCAGAGCAGAUUCAUCAAAAGCUCCUGGCGGAGGGUCAACCAGUCACUCGUGUCACCUGGAGACAGCAGGCAGAUGGGAAUGUCCUUACCGAGAAGAAAGACAAGAAGGCAAACAAGAAACGAGCUAAGAGAGACGAACUUUGAGAGCUUGCAAUUGUUAAAGGUCCUAUAGACAGACAGUAGUUGAUCUGUUUAAACUUUUGAUGUGUUUAUUUGGGUCUAUUAUUACGCUUAUUUAACUAUUUUAUCUAUUUAAAACAAUUUAAACGUGCAUUUAUCAAAUAUAUAGCCAUAGGUGCGCCGAGGCAAACCUGCUAGCAAAUAUGAAUUUGCUGUGCAGGUUGGGCUGAAAAGGAGCCCAUUGAUUUUUCUAAAUCACCAAAAAAAAAAAGUAUAGGCUAUAUUUCUUUUGGAAUUGAGUAAACAACUGCAUUCUCAAAACCUUCAUUUGGCCUACAAGAAAGAUUGUUUGUUGAACCUCUGAAAUGAUUUUGUAUGCACACAUUUAAUUUUAAUUUCACUGGUUACACCUGACCUGUGGAGUAGUAGCCUAAAACGGCAAGUUCGGAAAACUGUAUGUUUACCAACCCAGCAAGAAUUCAAAUUUGCUAGCAGGUUCGUAUGGGUUUACCCAGACUAGUCAGACGUAUAGGAAACGUCAUGUUUCAUAGCAGGUGUUCUAUCCAUGAAAAUGUCUUUUUCUUUAAUUAAAUAUAUUUAUCUGGUGUGAAUCAAGUGUGAGACUUACGUUUUCAAUCUUUUUUCUCUUUUGUGUGAGCAGAUCUCUCUUUCUCGUUCUAUCACUCACAUAGAGAGAGAGAGAGAGAGAGAGAGACAGAGACAGACACAGACACACACACACAGAGAAAGAGAGUAUAUUUUCAGCACUUGUAUGCAUCUCCCUUUCUACCUGUCAGUCACCGGUGAAGACAUAUACAGUGCAUUUGGUUUAUGUCUUUAUGUUUUAUUGUCAUCAGAAAGGUUGUCACUGUCAACUUGUUUUCAUCUUUGGUUCUGAAUUACAGCACUGGUAAUGUGUGGCUGUACUGUAGUAAAUUACAUCAUUAAAGCUUGCUGCAUAUUUAUGGAACUUGAUUAUUAAUGGUCUCACCACUAAAUUUGACAAGGUAUUGAUAUGAUUGAUCAAUCAUAUCGAAUAAUUCCGUAUAUAAAUAUUUCUUAUGAGUGAUAUUUGUUCAUUUUCAUUAGGAUACUGAUAAUUGAAAUUGCAUUGACAUUAUUGAUUAUUAUUACUACUGGUAUUUUCCUUAACGUCACCUAGCCGACAUCUUAAAACUGUUCACUGUAAUUUACAAAUUAUUGUAUUGUUUGCGCAGCUUUGGACAGAAGGGUCUGCUAAAUCAU